CUUCCAACUUGGAUAUUUCCUCUGUGCUAGAACCUUCAAUUGACUGUUGAUUUGCCCGCCAUACUCUAAGUAUACAUCACCCACAACUCCAAAACGGACCACCAGAGGCACACAGCUAGCAUUAUCAUGUCCCAAUUCCAGGAUUUCAAUAAACUGUUCCGCCUCGACGGUAAAGUUGCGCUCAUCACUGGUGGCUCCCGCGGUCUUGGCCUUCACACUGCAACAGCAUUUCUCCAAGCUGGCGCUUCCCGGGUGAUCAUCACCGCGCGUAAGGCUGGGGGUGAGCAUGGCAUCGAUCAAGCCGUUGCAAAACUCAACGCUCUUCCGGGGAUCAGUGGAUCUGCGGUCGGCAUUGCUGCCAAUGUAGCGAACACGAACGAAAUUAUUGCGUUGGUUGAGAAGAUCAAGAAGACUGAAGGGAAAUUGGACAUUCUGGUCCCGAAUGCGGGAGCGACCUGGGGUUCAAAAUUCGAGGAUGCGCCUGAUGCGAGUAGUGUCAAGAUAUUAGAUUUGAAUGUUCGAGGAGUAUUCACUUUGGUGCAGAAAUCCUUGCCAUUGUUAGAGGCUGCUGGGACGCGGAGAGAUCCUAGCAGAGUUAUCAUUGUCAGCUCGACGGCUGGUGUCAACGUCCCUCAUGUUGGAGAGAAUGGCACGAUUAUGUAUUCAGUCUCCAAGGCUGCUGCACAUCAUUUGGGACGAAAUCUUGCGGUCGAACUCGGACCUCGCAAUAUCACUACUAAUGUUGUCGCACCAGGUUUCUUCCCGAGUAAGCUUGCGGCUGGUCUCAUUGAGAAGUUAGGAGGGGAGGAGGAAUUAAAUGCUUCAAAUCCUAGGAAGAGAUUGGGCAUUCCAGAAGAUAUUGCUGGUGUGAUGGUAUAUUUGGCCUCCCCUGCAGGAAGUUAUAUAAACGGCGAAGAUAUCUCUGUGGAUGGUGGUGCAAGACUUUGUUCUGGAGCACACUCAAAGUUAUAAUGUUUUGGAAAAGCUUACAUCGAUGGUUAUCUAAAGGAGGGUAUCCCACAGAUUGUUGCAUCUACAGAGUGCAAUAACUGCUGAAGUACAUAAAUGAACUCGGUCCAUUGGCCCUAAUAUUUAAAGUUAUAUGUGUUUCGGAGUUUGUCGACUUCUGCUCACGCCGACUCCGUGGUCGUUUCCGCGAGAUUCCAGAAGAGUGGCGAGAGAAUAGCAUGUAUUGCUGCACCUAUUUAGUAUAAUUAUCU